ACCCAGAGGCUCAUAAGCAGCUCAUAAGCGCGUUAUGAAGUUUGUAUAGAGCGCUUAUAACCGCGGCGCUUUUCCUGCACCUGCGCAGACGGAACUCCGGACAGACGCUGGAUGUUCAGCGCGACCGCUGAUUCAUUUGUAACAUUUUUCUUCACAUGCAGAAGGUCCGCGCACCUGCCGUCGCCUUGUGCCUGAUGUUCGCCUGAUGUGGAGGUCCCCCUGUGCAGCUGUUGAUGAACAUUUCCCCGACGGCUCUCCCGGGUGAAGAAUCCGCCCCGCCGCGGCUCUCAUGGCGCUCAGCUCUGCCUGAUCUCGCUCUCCUCAAUUCGUCCAUGAUCCGGAGGAGCUUCUCCAAAGCCGCUGCCAGUUCAUGCAUGUGAUCUGAUUCCUUCCACCGUUGCUGAAGGGUGUUGAUGGAGAGCUUUUCGAAUGACAGCCGGGACAGUGGUCAUCACAGGCGGGAUUCUAGCUACAGUAAUCUUACUGUGCAUCAUCGCAGUACUGUGCUACUGUCGACUGCAGUAUUAUUGCUGUAAGAAGGAGGAGUCGGAGUCGGAGGAGGAGGAGCCAGAUUUCGCCGUGACAUCUCGUCUGCCACCCAUACACUCCAACCACAACAUCCUGGCUCCUGCCGUCCCCACGGCGCCCACCCCGAACGGGCCGGCCCUGUUCACGCCCCCGCCGCCGGCACGCAAGCUGACCCGCUCGCAGACCUUCUGCCCGUCCUGCACUCACUACGACAUGCCCUUCUACCUGCAGCAGCCGGACGGCCUGAGGAAUGGCGGCGAGCGUCUGAGCUUCCGCAGCGUCCAGCAGCACGAGCUGGAGCUGCCCACGCCUCUGCCCAACUACCACAAGCUCAACCUGAACCGCUCCGUCACCAUGAGACAGAUGUUCACACGCAGCUGCAGCAUCAGCACCGACGUCUAGCACAUGGAGAGCAUCUGACCUGCGCCCCCUGCAGGCCUGGAGGUUCAGACACAGGCCAAUAUGGACGCUCAGUGUGAGUUUGGGCUCAGUGAACGCUUGACACAGUGGAAUAAACUUUUACUACACAAACACAUGAGAUGAAAAGUUAUGAAGAUUAAAAGGUAGAAAAUGAUCAAAUGAGGUGUUCCUGAUCUCUAGUGUUGGUUUGGGGAAUUAAAGAAAAGCUUCACUGGGGGUUUGGGAGCGUGUGAUCGUUUCAUUUUAUUAAAAGAAAAGCGAAACUCUUGACGCCGCUUUCUAUUGUAUAUACAAUUUACAGUAACUUGUCAUUUUUGUAUUCUGUGUGUGUGGGUGAGGGAGUGUGUGGAUGGAUGAUGUGAUGGUUGAUAUUUUAUCAGGAUUAUAUCAUAAAAAUCAAAAAUAAAAUUAAAAAAACAAUACCAUACAAACAACUAAAGAGGGGGAAAAAAAACAACAACCCACAAGCUCUAAUUUGGGCUGCAAUAAAAUAUUUCAAAUAAAUGAAUUGUUUAAAAAAAAUAAACAGAGCAAAAACAGAUUUUCAUUUUUAUUUCUUCAAUUUACAUUACCGAUAGAUGUUUUUAUCUUUCUCUUAUUAGGAAGUAUUUCUUCUGUUUAUAAAUUUUACUGUUUAUCUGGAACAUUUUCAUCGUUUCUUCAUGAAGGAAAGCGUGAGGUCGCCGAGUUCACUGGAUUCCCUGGAAUUACAGACUUCCGAACACAGCGUGAAGUUUGAAUGCAGCGUGACUCGGGUUCUAAGGGCUAACGCUGUCUCUGAAUGCUGAUGGACUGAAAUCGGUUUAUCACAAGCGUGACAUCGUGUGUUGCUUUUCUUUCACAGACAAAAUGACUGAUUUAUUCUUCUGAAUUAUUUUGUAGAAAAGCCCUGAGUUACAGAAAUAAUUCCUUUUUAGUAUUUCAUAUUUAUUCUUUUCAGGUUUAACAGUGAGAUUCUAUCUUAAUAGUGAUUAUCUGACUUUUGCAAGCACCAUGUACUUGUACUGUCUGUCCUGACACACACACACACACACACACACACACACACACACACACACACACACACACACACGACCAGGUAAGACAAGCAACUGCAAUGAAUUUAGGAAAAAUCAAUAAGUAUUAGACAGAAUUAUUAUUAUUAUUAUUAUUGGAUCAUC